CCGUGGUGCAUAGCGUUGCGUCGUUCCCUGCCCCGGUCUAGUGAGCCACAUGCGAAGAGGCCACCGCCAACCACCACCCCUCGAAGUGAAGUGAAAACCUGUCGAGAGCGGGGCCCUCUGCACGGGGCCCCUGGAGAGUAUGUGUAGGCAGCCGGGUGCAGCCGGCUGCGCCCUAGAUUCCAUUUAAGCUACUAGCGUAAGUCACCGCCACCCCCCCCAAGUUGGCUCCAUCCGGCACCACCGUGCAGCUCAGUGACCCGAGGGAGAAAGUCACCAACGCCGAACUCCAGCCCCCGGCAGCGGCUAGUGCGAGGCCAUGUUGCAACAAGGGCAAGCACGACGCGACCGGUGGUGGUUUCUCCCUCCGCCGCCAGAGGCAUUGUGGCGCAUAGCAUACCGACCUCACCAAGACCUCCGCGCACCGCCGGAGGAUCUUCGACGACGAACUGCGCCCGAAGCAAGCCGACCGCAGAAACAGUAGCUCGUCGCGGUGUUUCUUCGGCGAAGUGUGGAAAGCGUACGCGUGGCAAGGAGUCUCUGUUCGAAAAGCUUCCACAGGCCGUGAUCGUGCGCACUCUGGGCAAGUUGUGUCGUCGGGGGUGUGUAUGAAGUGUGUGGUUAAAGUGGAGUAUGGAUACACUUUCUUCACCUAUUGUUUGUGUCGUGCUUUGAUUUCUUCUUCAACAUCUUCAUCUUCGUCGUGAACUACACAUGUUUGUCUAGCUUGCAGAUAUGUUCGCUGUCGAUCCCCGUGAAGCUGUCCUGUCAUCGUUCAACACAAUCACUAAUGUCAGGUAUAGUGACCACUGUGCUGGAACGGGACAAGCGAUGGAACGGCGACGGAUGGGCUGGCUACAGCAGUAGAAAAAAAUCGGAGAAGAUGAGCAAUCAGAAGAAUUGCUCAAGGAGAAGUAGCUGUGGGGUGAUACGAUCUUUGCGUGAGGCGUUUUCUUGCAAAGCUAUCAAAUGGAGAAGGAUUUGUAAAUUGCGAUCCGGUUUUAGUACAACUCGUACUGAUGUAAUCGGAAUUACGGAUGGAAACAAACAAACUGACUCGACGUCCAAAACAACUUCUAUAAAGAUGUUGAACACGGUCAGAGAUGAAUUCAGAAGGAUGCAACAUAAGAAUGGGCUAGGAAAGAAUGGACUAGGACGAGGUUGACAGUUAUUUGCCAAAAGCAGUUAUAGCCAUGUAUAUGUACUAUUCACAUGAUCACCAAAGUACAAC